AUGGAUAGUAACACACAGGAAAGCCAGGUGAGAACAGCCACCGUCGGAUAUUUGAAGAUCCUCCAGCAAUGCAACCCGGACUACUUCACCGAUGCGUUCUGUGACCUCUGGAAAGCAAAAACCAUUACUUCCCCUUCCACUCCUUGUCACAACGAAAAUCAUGACAAUUGUAAGUAUGACUAUAUUUUAACUAUGGACGAGGUGCUGGGAACGGGCGUGCCAAAUGCUUUGACGUAUGGAAAGAAGCAGGGGUCAAGAUACAGAGUACUUGGCCAACUUGGACAAGGUGCUUUUGGGCAAGUUGUGAAGUGCUUUGACGAGGUUAACAAGACAUUGGUUGCAAUUAAAGUGUUGAAAAACAAACCGGCGUAUUACAGGCAAGGAAUGCUUGAAAUUGCGAUUCUGCAAUUACUCAGUGAAAAGUUUGACGCUGAUGGGAGUGGAAACACGCUCAGGAUGGUCGACCACUUUGUGUUCUAUAACCACAUCUGCAUUGUCACUGAACUGCUCUCCAUCAAUUUGUAUGAACUUAUGAAACAAAACAACUGCCGCGCUCUGUACGUAGGAUUAGCGCGCUCGAUACUUCAACAAUUGUUGGAGGCACUUGUUGUGUGCUUUAAGAAUGGCAUCGUCCAUUGCGACUUAAAACCCGAAAAUGUGUUGUUAGUUGAUAUGACAAAGAAGAUCAAACUUAUCGACUUUGGUUCGGCGUGUUUUGAAAACAGCACGCUGUACAGUUAUAUUCAGUCGAGACAUUAUCGGUCACCAGAAGUUAUAUUGGGGUUACCAUAUUCAACAGCAAUAGACAUGUGGUCCUUCGGGUGUAUGGCAGCGGAACUCUUUGUGGGUAUACCAAUAUUUCCGGGGAACUGCGAAUACAACAUGUUGUAUAAGUUCAUUAAUAUGAUUGGGAUGCCACCACGAUCUUUACUCGAUAGAGGAACGAAGACCUCAAAAUAUUUCAGACGAAAGCGUCCUGCAGAAAUGAAAAAUAAAGACGACGUGUGGGCAUUCAAGCUGAAGAGAGAGUUUGAGAGCGAUUCAAAUACGUACACAGAACCAAAUCGCGAGUACUUUUCUUACAAAACACUUGAAGACAUCGCUAUGAAAGUCAAUUUCAGAGUCUCUGCAGCAGACGAACCAAGAAAGCCAGAGAUGAGAAACGCCUUUUUGGAUUUCAUUAAAAGAGCACUGCAAUGGGAUCCCGAAAUGCGAAUGAGACCAGACCAAGCACUUCAACACCCUUUUAUUACUAAAAAGCCAUUCACCGUUGACUACACACUCCCACCAACAAAUGAACCUUUAAGAACAUUCCCACCAGGAACACAACUGUCGCCAGAAGAAGUUUUGAAGAAGAUUGCACCAAACCCAGCAGCCGCAGCGAAGUUGAAAAGUAUGGGAUAUAAUGCGACCACGUAUUACCAAGUCUACUCUGAUGGACUGAAUAAGGGAGUUGUACUCAACAUUCUGAAUUCGAAUCCAUUCUACUUGCAACCAAUGACACCACCUUCACUGAUUAGGCUCAACCAAUUUGAGGAAGAGAUGUUACAAAAACAACGGAUGAGAGCACAAAGCGAGAACAGAGGAAUUAUGUACCAAGGCCUUGCAUCGGCAAUUCACCAAAACGUUGUCAAUUCACAAAUCAAGUUUAAAACGUUCAAUGAGAUCAAAAAGGAGAAGGAGGAGAACAUGGCGCGCAAACAACGUCGCCAAACGUCGGACAUUUUCUCAACGAAAGCGAUGGAACCACUGUCCCCGAAGUCUGAGGAGUAUUUAGCACAGAAAAUGAAGAAUGGAGGCCAACCGAUGGAAAUGAGUGACAUUGAUGAGAAGAAAAAGCAGAUGGAAGAAGACAGUGCUGGGUCAUGGAGUACAAAUACAGGGAUGCUUCUACCUCCUGGGAAUUGGGGAACGACAUCCUCCGACAGUGACUUUUAA